AUGUGCACCAUCAACCUUUGCGCCACACGGUCACGCACACCCUGGUGCUCGUCAAGGGGAAACGGUCGACGUAGAAAGCCAUACCAAGCAAGCAACUUGAGAGGAUAUAUACUACAUAGGCCUGAAAAAUUAUGUUCACCAACAUGGUUAAUAAGAACCCAAAUUGGAAAUUCAUUUGAAAUAUCAACUCUAUUAUGCAGUAUUCUUCUUGGACAAUAUUACAAUGCAUUUGUUGUAAGUGGUUAUGCAUCACGUGAACAAACACUCAAUGACACAUCAAACCGGCCAUAUAUAUAUUUUAAAAAAUCAAAUGAAUCAUGGGAAAAUACAAAUGACGUUGAAAUAUCAUCAACUAAAUAUAAAUUCAAACCACCACCGGAUUUCCGAAGUAAAUUACUCACUGAAUCAACUGAAUUUGAGGUAAAAGAACUCAAUCGUCUUCAUGAUGAUGAUGAUAAUGAUGAUGAAAAGGAUUGUCUGAAUAUCGACAUGAAUCGACAAUCUGCGGAAUGUGAGGAAACAUUUCCGGAUGAAUACUCAGGUCAUCGUGUUCACGCGUGGAUUAUUAUUAUGCCAGACAAUAAAACAGAUGUUCCACGACAUCCGGAAAUAAAAAAAUCAUUUUUCAUUGAACCAUCAAGUGGACAAAAAUAUGACAUUGAUGAAGAAAUAAAUAAAUAUUAUCAUGGCAUUGAGAGUCUAUGGAAUCAUGAAAAUUACUGGCUAAAUUUACAAUCAUGCAAUGAUGGAUGUGAUAAAUUAAAUUUUGAUCUUUUUGAUAAUAAAAUGUGGGAACAUUUAUUACCUGGUGAACCAUCAUCAUAUCAUCAUAGAAAUUCCACAAUUAAUAAUGAAACUGAUGAUGAAGAUAAUGAUUCUAUGAAUAUUCUGCAAAGAAAACAUCUUGAUAUGCCAGUGUCAUAUGUUGAAGAAAUAAAAAUAAAUAGUCUAGAUUUUGAAAGAAGAUAUUUAAAUGGUAAAAAAAUUAUGUUUUUUAAAAAAACAAAAGUUGAAGUUUAUGCACCUUAUGUACAAAUGGAUGGAUUGAUUGAGAGUGUAACAAUUUAUAAUUAUGAUGAGUAUAAAUUUGCAUUAAAAAUUAUUGAAAAAUAUUCAAAUCGAGGUGAUGGUCUUGUUGGAUCAACGAAAUAUUUAGAUAGUCAAUUAGUUGUUGAUGAGUAUGAGCGAGGUCGUCCAGAUGCUUGCAAAGAGCAUCGUUAUUUAUUGAUGGGAACAAAUUCAAUUGAUGAAGAUAGAACACUGGAAUUUUAUCAUACUGUUAGAAAUGAUGGUCUUGAAAAAAUCGAAACAAAAAAAAAUUUCUUCAGCCAGUAUUAUGUUGGAAGACAGGAUUAUCUUUGUUACCGUAAUGUAGAAUUUGCAGUCGAUAAAAAACCGAUAGCCAAUGACAUUCACCAUCGAAAAAUUAUUAAAAUUACUGAAGAGUUUAAAAGAAAUCCUAAUUUAGCUGCAACAAAGGACAUUGCAAUCCGAGUGUUUGACAUGGUUGAUGAUGAGAUAAGAUUAAUUUAUCAUUAUGGAAAUGAAAACAUUUCAAGAGCAACACGUACAUUUGUCAAACCGUCAAUUGCUGAACGUGGUGAUCGUCUUGUUUUUGAUCCAAACAUGACACACGGAUACAAUCCAGAUUUUCUAGCUCAGCCAGAAAAACCACUAGUACUUUUUUAUAUGCUUGAAAAAUUGCUAGAUGAUGAAUUUAGAGUCAUCAACUGCGUGAGAAAUGUCGAAACAGAUGUUGAUGAAUUUUUAAAAUUACGACAACAAGAAUAUUUCAUGCCGAAAUUGCUGAUAUCAAUAUUUGAUACUAACAGAAAUGAUGAUACGAAAGCUGAGCUAUUUGCAAAGGAAGAGAUGGCUCGCGUUCAGGCACAACGACAAUUUGAAGAACAAAUUGAUUAUUUACAACCGUAUUUAUCAAAAAUUGGUAAUCCAAAAAGUCUUGGUAAAUAUCAACAGCUACAAAUACGUCAAGAGUGUCUCAAUGAUUUUAAACAAACGAUGGUUAAACGUGCAAAUGAUAUUUCACAAAAAAUAACAUUAUCUAAUCAAAAAUACAAAGAACUCCUAGAUUAUCGUUCUCAGGCCCAGGAAAUUUCAAAUGAAGACGAAGAAAAAUUGACAAAUGAAAUUGAUAAAAUUACGUUUGACAUACAUGCAUUGGAGAUGAGAUUAAAACGUCACUGUAAUUUAUCAAAUCAACGUUAUCUAAAAAUACAAAAAUCACUUGAUAAUGACAAACGUUUAUCAUCACUCUAAUAAAUAAUUAUCAUCAUCACAA